AGCCACUGAGGCCCGACCGCCGCCGUCGACGGCAACGCGCGGCGCAGGCGCAGCGACUCCGUCGGGAUUCGUUCUGGACGGCCGGAAACGACCCGCGCCGAGUGGGACGCGGCAGAGGGAAGGACCGAACUGGAUUGCCGUUUGUGGUCUAAAAACAUUUAGAUUAAUAAAAGAUAUUUUAUUAGUCUAAAUGUAUUUAUUAAAGUCCAGAUAAAAGAAAUAACAGAAGAUUGUUGCAAUUCCUUCUCUUCUUGAAACAACGGAAAAUUGGGUAGCAUGGCUUAAAGUUUCGAUGUUGGAAGCACAUCGAUGACUUUGGCUAUUUGGCAAAAGUGAAUCAUAUGUUUGUCGGUCUGCACAAAAAUUUGAAUGCGGAGUUGUUACCAGGCCUCCCUUUCUUUUUAUGGACCGAGGUAAAUAAAAGAUAUGCACCAGACUAGUGAACACAAAGGAAACUGCAUUACUGUUCAGCCCUUACCUCUAAGCCUUGAAGAGAAAGAUGAAGAUGAAGAGGAAGAAGAAGAUGAACCAUUAGAUCUAACUGGAGGUGCUUCUCGUCGAGAAGAUUCAGAUGUCCCACCUAUCCUUCUGCCUGCCAACUGUCCCUACCCACCCCCUGCUCACCUUCUGCUACGCAAGUCUGCCUUCAUUGAAGAUGUAUGGGAUGGAGAACCUGCCAUCUUUAGUGAUGAUGAGGACUGUAACUUCUUAGGGUUUCGAAUUACUACGAAUAUUAAUAAUGGAGAAUGCUGUCAGAAUGAAGAUCAGGAUCAGUUACCUGGAAAUAUAGAUGAUGAUGAUCAAGAAGAUGUGCCAUUGGCAUAUCUGAAACAAUAUGUACAAAAAUCAAGUCAAAGCAAAAAAAAGAAAAAGAAAAAAAAAAGUAAAUGUAAAAAUAUAUUCAGUUACAAGAAAAAGAAAAGAACUAAAUCAAAAAAGUCCAAACAUCAUCAGUUACAUUGUAUUGAUGACAGUCAAUUGAUCCCAGAAGAUUUAAGUAUUGGAUCACGAUUACCAAUACUUCCAUCAUGUACAGCUAUGGAAUCAGACAUGUUAGAGCAAAACAUCCUCUCUGAAAAUCAUCCAACGCCUGAACCUCCUGUUCUUGAGGAAUUGAUGCCAUUGUCACCAAAGUUAAAACCUGAAAUUCAAGAAAAUAUACCUUCAUUUAACAAAAAGAAAAAAAAAGAAUUUUUUCUUUCUUCUCCUUAUAAACGUGGAUCCAAUGGGUGGGAAGAUUGCUUAAGGCCAAGACCUGCACAAGUUCAACAUUAUCAGAGUAUUGUGAUAAUGAGAAAACGCAAGUUUUCAAUACCUUCAUUGAUGAAAGAUCAAGAGAAGAAUGGACCCAAGCAUGCGAAAAUUGAACCAGAAAAUUCUGUUCCCAGUCUUGUGAUAUCGGCUCCUGUUAAUGAAUCUUUGAAAAAGAAAGCAUUACCUAAUCAUCUCGAAGAAAAUGAAGAUCAAGAAUUAACAUUGGAAUCUCUUGAAAUAGAGGAUAAAGGACUUCUAACUCCAGAAAACAUCAGUCAGAUUGAUGAGCAAGAAGAAACAGAUAAACCUUUAGAAGCAGGAGUUGGAGAAAUAGUAUGGGCAAAGUUAGGCUGCACUCGCUGGUGGCCGGCUAUGGUGAUUUGGGGUGCAGACUGUGGCCAACCUCCAGCUCGUCCUGGUCAGACGUGGGUUUUUUGGUUUGGAGAUCAUAAAAUAUCAGAGUUGCCUCGUGAUAAAUUAACAGAUUUUGUAAUUGAUUUUAGUAAUAAGUUCUCAGAUUUUGCUGGAAAAAUGUUUAAGAGAGGUGUAGUUGAAGCUAUAAAGGAAGUUGCUGUGAGAGCAGAAGUAGAUAUAGCAGACAAUGAUUCAGCCAGAUUUCUUACUUGGGCAAAAGAAGGUUUUUGUACAAAUUCUAAGAGACCAGCACCAUAUGCACCUGAUUCUACCAAACCAGUUCCUGAGAAUGUGCGAAAGCAUUUGAAUAGAAUAAAAUCUCAAUAUCUUCAAGCUUUGCAAUCACUUGAAUUUAAUAAUAUUUUGCCACCCAGAUUUUCAAGACUAGAACAAUUAGAAAAUAAAGAUAGUGUAUUAAAAAAAGUUCGUGAAGGUACUCUGAAAAUAGAAGAUGUUUGUAUUGCUUGUGAUUCUUCUUCAGUGGAAAUUGUAGAACAACAUCCACUUAUUCAUGGUGGUCUUUGUAAACAAUGCAAGUAUGAUAUUGUAGAAACAAUGUUUGCUUAUGGAGACGAUGGCACAAAUGCAUAUUGUGUGAUUUGUGGUCAAGCUGGAGAGCUUCUCAUCUGUGAUAAUAAUGAAUGCAAUAGGUGUUAUUGUACAGGUUGCGUGGAUGUUUUAGUGGCUCCUGGAGCUCAUAAAAAGGUGCUAGCAACUAGUCCGUGGCUCUGUUACUUAUGUUCAGAAUAUGAUCCUGAAUUAAAUGGUUUAAUUCGAAAAAAAGAGGAAUGGCAACAAAAUGUGAUGCAGCUGUUUCAACCAGAAAAACAUGUACAGUUACCACCAUCAAUGGAUGAUUACAAAGAAAAAAGGGCAAUUAGAGUGCUAUCAUUAUUUGAUGGAAUAGGAACAGGAAGAUAUGUUCUAGAUCUGUUGGGAAUAGAUGUAGAAGUUUAUUAUGCAAGUGAGAUAGAUCAAGAUGCUAUAAAUGUUGCCAUUGUUCAACAUAAAACAAAUAUAUUACAUUUAGGGCCUAUAGAAGAAAUUACUGAUGCAGAAGUUGCUAAACUUUGCCCAAUUGAUUUAGUUAUCGGAGGUUCACCAUGUAAUGAUCUUUCUUUAGUAAAUCCUGCAAGAAAGGGAUUAUACGAUCCAACAGGAACCGGAAAAUUGUUUUUUGAUUUUUUCCGAGUUUUGAAAGCUGUGCAAUUAGCAAACAAAGGAAGACAUGUAUUCUGGUUAUAUGAAAACGUAGCAUCAAUGCCUCAAGAAUAUAAAUCCACUAUUACACGUUUUCUACAGUGUGAACCAGCUAUGCUUGAUUCCAAAUAUUUUUCUCCUCAAAAUAGAGCACGUUAUUUUUGGGGUAAUAUUCCAGGAUUAUACACUCCCUUGCAGCCACACUUGGUUGAACAAGACAUUACACUGGACAGUGUUUUAACUCCUUGUCUUAAUAGAAAAGCCAUGGUAGAAAAAAUUAGAACCGUGACAACACGCAGUAAUUCAUUAAAACAAGGGAAGAAAUGUAUUUUGCCAGUGACAAUGAAUGGUGAAGGAGAUGUACUCUGGGUUACAGAAUUAGAACAGGUGUUCGGAUUCCCUCGCCACUAUACGGACGUGGGCAACAUCCCUCUGGGACGAAGACAGCAGCUGCUGGGUAAAGCUUGGAGCGUGCCCGUCAUAAGACAUCUUUUCACACCUCUCAGGAAUUUCUUCAAGACGGUCUCGUCUCCGGUUCCGGUUCCGGCGUCGGCGGGGGCGACGUCUCGAGAAGAGGAGGCGAACGGUCGCGUCUGACGCGGCCGGCUACUGUGAUCACAACCAUCCUUUCCCUUCCGAUCACGCUCCGCGCUCGUUGCCCGGGGUCUUCGACGCCGCGCACAUCUGUCCCCCCGAGCGGGGAGGACGCGGCCUCCUCGCCCCCUUCCCCGGUUAUUACGGACGAAAAACGCUCUCUUCCUCCGAUUUAAUUAACCCGCCAUCGGUGGAAAUGGCCUUUCCCGUUGCCCAUUUUGGAUUUAGCCGGGGAUGGGGUUUGGCGUCGGCACGGAAAGAAAAGGAGAAAAUUUUCACUGCCAACAAAUUUGUUACCGUAUAAUAUAUAAAAAACCACGUCAGAUAACAAUACGAUAAUUGCGUCAAUAAGCUGUUUAUUGCAUUUAAAAUAUUCAUUUACAGUUAUUUAUUUACCUAGAGUAUUUUCUUUACUAUUUAAUGUUAUUGCAAAUCUUUAUCGAAUAUUAGUGAGAUAAAUGUUAAAAAAAAAAACUUUUAUUCUUAUUUCCGGUCUCUCCGAAAUACGUCGUCAAUUUUUAAAGCGCUUCGUAAUAUAUAUAAAAUGGCAAUUUAUAAGUCGAGACGGGCCACGGCCAGUCGCCCCCCCCCUUACUAAUUAUUACGUUUCCUGUGGUGUUUAUUUUAAUUUAUUACGUUUAAUCCCGUCGUUCGUUACCCACGAAGAUUUUUGCAGUUAUUUACAAAGUAAUAAUCUAUUUACAUAAAAAAAAUUUUAUCCGUUUUAAUAAUCGCCUUUAUCCGAAAAAUUUCCGUAGAUUUUUAGAAAUACUUCGGACGAUGUUCGUACGUUGCUUACGUCAUUCGUUUCGUUCGUACUUAGGAACAAGUCGGAUGCGGUCUUUUAUUUUUUUAUUUUUUGGGAUAUUUUGUCAACUGCCGAUACGUUUAUUAAUUGAGGUUAGUACGACGUUCCUUGGCACUUUUUCUUCGUUGUUCGUUCCGAGAGUAGAAUUUUGUUACUAAACCCGUGACUAAAAGUACAAAAUACAUUGUUUAAAUUAGUGUUAGAUAUAUUUAGCUUUACGAAAACCCCCUAACCUACUCUUUUUCACCGACUUCUUGUCUUGAUCAUUGAUAUAAUAAACACUGCCAUUUCUGUUAUUGUUUAAACAUUGUAUUGUUAAACAUAUAAAGAAUACUAACUUUUGUGAUCAAAGAUAUAUUAUAUACAUAUACAUAUAUAUACAUAUAUAUAUAUAUAAUGACAAGACAAGAAACGAUAAUUCAUUCAUUUGUACUAUGAUUAGCCGUUGGUUGACUAAGGACCGCAAUAUUUAAUCAUCCCGGACGAGUCGUCGUCGUCCUUUGCCAUCCGAACGGAAGAAAUUACACUGCCAAUUUUAGGUUCUCGGACGUGACGAAACUCCGUUGUGUUCAUAUUUACAGUUAUAACGUACCUAUUUAUUUUUACCAGUUACGGCAAGCACCCUUUAAAUAAUACACGUGGAAAGGUGAAGUGCGUGUGGGCCUCGUUUUUCUCAUAUUGUAUUUUAAUAAAAACGGCUUUGAUAUUGGUACUCGUGUGAUUAAAUUUAUGUUGUACGAUAUUGGUUAUGGUAAAACGUAGACGUAGAUUCGACCGACGGCGCCAAUGUUUGCCGGUAGUUUUAAUUAAAAACAAAUAAUAAUAAUUAAAAAAAAAAUAAUGUUAAAAUGCAUCGUUGGAUCGUCGGUGUGGAAAAUUUAUUAUGCACAAACGGAGCACUGGGCAAGCCUUAGUAAAAAACUGUUUUUAAUAUUCUUAAAUGUUUAGCACGAUGUAGAAAAAACGUUCGAAAUGUUGUGGCUUCUAUAAAAAGGUUAUAUUUUAAACGGAAACGUUUUCUUGCCCAACGACGAGAAUGAGACGGACGACGCCAUUCGGCUCGUCGUUCCCCGUCGGUGUUAAUAAAAAGUUUUUGCCAAUCACUGCCAAUUAUUUCGUUUUUUCGUUCCAUUCUCGUAUUAAUAAUAAAUAUUACGAUGCAGUAUUCGAAAUUGUUACGUGAAUUAAUCAAAUUGUGUUUUUAUUUUUUCUUGUCGAAUCCUUUAUAUAAUAAGGGCAUCAUUUGUAUCAAAAGAAAAUGUUUUUAAAUGUGGUUGUGCUACUUUUCGAGUGAAAAAAAGGCCCUCUAGGGUAUUGUGAACCGAUUAAAGUUGCAGUUUAAGAACUUUUA